AUGCACAGCAAGGUUGUCAUCAUUGGCUCUGGGCCUGCUGCCCACACCGCCGCCGUCUACCUGGCGCGCGCUGAGCUGAAGCCUGUUCUUUACGAGGGCUUCAUGGCCAACGGCAUUGCCGCCGGCGGCCAGCUCACCACCACCACCGACGUCGAGAACUUCCCCGGUUUCCCCAAGGGCAUCAUGGGCGGUGAGCUCAUGGACAACAUGAAGGCCCAGUCCGAGCGCUUCGGCACCGAAAUCAUCAGCGACACCGUCGCCAACCUCGACCUCUCAUCCCGCCCCUUCAAGUACUCGACCGAGUUCGAACCCGAGGAGACCCACACCGCCGACGCCAUCAUCCUCGCCACCGGCGCCUCCGCCAAGCGCCUCAACCUCCCCGGCGAGGAAAAGUACUGGCAGAACGGCGUCUCCGCCUGCGCCGUCUGUGACGGUGCCGUCCCCAUCUUCCGCAACAAGCACCUCGUCGUCAUCGGCGGCGGCGACUCCGCCGCGGAGGAGGCCCUCUUCCUCACAAAGUACGCCAGCCACGUCACCGUCCUCGUCCGCCGCGACGUCCUCCGCGCCUCCCAGAUCAUGGCCAAGCGCCUGCUGGCCCACGAGAAGGUGACGGUGCGGUGGAACUCGGCCGGUAAGGAGAUCAAGGGCGGCGACAACGGCCUGAUGAGCCACCUCGUCGUCAAGGACACCGCCACGGGCGCCGAGGAGACGCUCGAGGCCAACGGACUCUUUUACGCCAUUGGCCACGAGCCCGCGACGACGCUCGUCAAGGGCCAGCUCGAGACCGACGAGGAGGGCUACGUCGUCACCAAGCCCGGCACGCCGCUGACCAACAUUGAGGGCGUCUUCGCCGCCGGUGAUGUUCAGGACAAGAGGUACAGGCAGGCUAUUACCAGCGCCGGAACCGGCUGCAUGGCUGCCCUGGACGCCGAGAAGUAUCUUGCCGAGCUCGAGGACGGCGACUCCAAGGACCCCUCCAACUGA